AUGAGCGCUGCUACAACCACUUUGAAGCCUAGUCAUCCGAACAACUUGUUUGGAGCUACACAAGUCAACGUCAAAGAAGCGGAUACAGAUAGCUCCCUUCUUGUGGCAUCUCCAUACACCUCACCGCCGCAUCUACUCGAUCUUGCCAGAUAUUCCAGGGCAAGUCAACUAUUUGCAAAAGCCUUGACAAGGCUUCAACCUAUCCGGGAAGAUUAUGCAACGGCAGAGUACACAGCGUCAUUCAACUUUGGGGAGGUCAUGGGGACUUUAAGAUACCUUGCAAGAGACGAAGGCUUUACAUGGAAGGCGACGGAGUUCUACGUCGUCAGUUUUCGAUCACAGCUCAGUCCUGACGCAGAUCCCGAGAGGCUGUUCCAAUUGGAUGCCUCUUCACAUCAGGAAGCCAUGGCUAGUGGAGGACUGCUGAAGUAUUGGUACGGAGUGAAAGAUCAGGACCGGCAGAAUUUAGCGACUUGUUUCUGGGAAAGCAGGCAACAUGCGAGAGAUGGGGGUAGAGGACCUUGGCAUGCGAAGGCAAGAGCUGCUGCAGCGGUCUGGUACGAGAGUAUUGUAUUCAAGACGUAUGUCUUGACGAUUGGCGAUGAUGUCGAAGAUUGGGUCAUCUCAGACUUUGAAGAUAAGAGAACAUGA